CUCAUAGAUUUGGGAGCUGUGAUUGAUGAGACUAAUGAAGAGGGCCAAACUCCACUGCAUGUUGCAGCGCUAUACGGCAAGCCAGCGAACCUAAAACUGCUCAUCGACAAGGGUGCAAAUAUAGAAGCCAGAGACGGUAGAGGCCGAACACCCGCCCUCUUUAUGUCUUUUGAGGAGCAGCGAAAAGAGUGUCUCCGAGUGUUGAUAAAGCAUGGCGCGGGUGUAAACGUCGCUGAUCACGAGGGCAGAACUCCGCUAUAUCUCGCAGCCGGGGACGAGACUAUGGAAGACUUCGUCCCAGAGUUACUCGAAGCUGGCGCUGCCGUUGACGUGGCCGUCGAUGAUGGUUAUACCCCAUUGCAUCAGGCAGCAUAUUUCAAAUGUACCAAGGCUAUAAAAGCACUCGUUGAACACGGAGCCAAUACCGAAGCGGUGAACACUGACGGAGAAACG